AUGGAUCUCGACAAUGGCGAAGAGUUAGAUUUCGUCAAGGAUAUCGCUCUAAAUGGUGAUGUUAUCCUCGUUGUCGGAGAGCAAAAGGUCUCACUGAGAGCUCAUUCUCAAUGCCUCGUUUGCUCCUCAAAGGUCUUUAGUGCUAUGCUCGGACCUCAUUGGAGCGAAGGCAAAAAUCUGUCUCAGGAAUCCCCGAAGGAAAUUCCGCUUAUAGAGGACGACGCCCACGCAUUAUACGCAAUUUGUUGCGUCAUUCAUCAUCGAAAUGAUCUCGUACCGGCGACGUUCUCGCCAAGACAACUUCUUCAGAUUGCUAUUGAGGUGGAUAAAUAUGACCUCCAUACUGCCCUCCUCUAUGCCCGAGCACAGUGGCUGCAGAAUAAGAGAAACACCACUGAUCCGAUAGAACUGGCAUACCUCAUGGCGGCGGCUUUCUUGUUCGACGACAUGGAGAUGUUUAGAGAGCAUGCCCUGGCUCUUAUUCUUCAACAUCAUGGCUCCUACAUUAAGCUUUUAGAGGACUCCCCUUUAUGCCAAAUAUUACCUACUAAUACUACUUGCUUAUUAGAAGAGCGAAGGAAUCGAUUGAGAGCAGAAGUUGGGGAAAUACUGCUCAAGGAGGCGGAGAACAGUUGUUCCUGUGGUUGGGGCAAAAGCCGGAGUAGCAGAUACCGAGAUCUAUUAAGCGAGUACACCCCUCUAAAGAUGCUUGAGGCUCCCAUUUCGCAGGUUAUUGAGCGGAUCAAAACGGUUUCGAAGGACUGUAUGAAACGGGAACUCCAUCAGGCGCCUUCAGGAUUUGGUUCUUCGACAUAUGCAAAAAGUUACUACCAUGAGCCGGCCGAGUAUAUCACCGCUCUUGCUGAAAAGGUGGAAACGGCAAAAAGGAGAGCCAGCAUCUGUCUCGAUUGUGUACGAAGUAAUGGUGGGACAGAAUCGUGCAGGUUCAAGCAUGAAUGA